AUGUUUUUAAUUAAGUUAAGGAAUCUGUACAAGUUCUCAUCUGCUAUAGAUCCAUAUUAAGUAUUAGGAGUAGAUAAAUUUACUUCAUUUCCUGAAAUAAAGAAAGCAUAUUACAAAAUGGCAGCCUAAUAUCAUCCAGAUAUUAAUAAAACACCUGUGUUAAGAUCAUUUAAUAUAUAUAGUCUGCCUAAAAAUAAUUCAUUCUAAUCAAGGAAUCCUUUGAAAAAAUUAAACUUAUGAAAGGAGAAGCUGUUUAAAUGAAUUCAGAAGGUUCUACUAAAAAAGAUAAUGAAUAUGAAUCUGUCCGUAAAAAUUAUAAAGACUAUGAUGAAAACUUCUAAGAAUCAUCAUCAGAUUAAUAAGAUUAUAAAGAAUUCUAUCAUUAAGCUGAAGAUAUGAAAGGAUAAGAAUAUGAUCAUUUAAAAAAAUCAUUUCAAACUAUUCAUGAAGUCAAAGAUAUUAAAUUUAAACCUAUUGAUAUGAAAAUGCCUGAUCCAUCUAAAAGAUUUCAUCUAGGCUAAGUAAUGCAUUUAAAAGUUUUUUCAGAUGGUUCCAAUCUAUACAUUAUAACUAUAUGCGUGGGCAUGUUUAUAUUAUUCUUUGUCAUGUAACAUUCUAUUUAUUAUUAUUAUUAAGUAAUACAGUCUUCCACAUUCAUACCAAAAGAUAGACUAAUUCACAAUUAUAUAAUUUACUUAAUUAGUAAGUUAUAUAGGAAGAAUUACAAGAUGAAUAAUUAUUGUAAUAAGUCACUACAUAAAUUGAAAAAACUAAAGAGUUUAAAUAAUACAAAUAAGAAUAACUUUAGAAACAAUAAAUAUCCACACAAAAGAGAAGACAAAUUGUACCUGAAAUCCAAAAUUUUAUAUCAGCUACGGAUCUUAAAGAUAGUGUCCUAUGAAUUCAAA